AUGGCAUCCAAGAAAGAGAAGCCAGAACAAAAAGCUGAAGAUUUUGAAAAAAGUAAGCAAGGAGCAAACAGAAAGGAAGAUGAUAUAUCCAAGGCAAGGAGCAGCACAGAACCAUUUGUCAAAGAGAGGGAGCAAUAUCUGGAGAAGGAAUAUAAGAUCCUGACUGAGCAUGUGCACAUGUACAUGAAGCGAGUAGAGCACUUCCUGUGGGAGAAUGAGUUCCUGGAUAAGGAGGCCCAGAAGAUUCGGGAGGACAGCAAAGCCUACAUGACCUAUAUAAGCAAACAUACUCAGAAACACCAAAAUGCUAUCAUUACACUAAACAACCAGAACCACUUCGAUCUGGCACAGGUCCGAAAGCAGAAGGAAGAAUUGAUCUCACAGUACACAGCUAAAGAGAAGGAAGUGAGGAACCAAUUGAUGGAGAUGGAGACAAAGUAUUCUCUUAUGAACAAGGAGGUUGAAGACUUGCAGCCCUUCAAGGACCUGCAGUUGGAACAGCUGAGCAGAAUCAAGGAGCUGGAGAAAGAACUGCUGGUCACAAAAAUCCAGCACUCAGAGCAAAUGCACAAAGUCAAGAGCAGAUUCCUGCAAGUAAAAGCUAAAUAUGAGCUGGACUCUCAUCAGAAGGUUCAGUCUCUGGCCAAGAGAGCUGAAGAGGAAGCUGUACGUAGUCUAAUCCAGCACACCAAGCAGGUGAAAGCAGAGAAUUGGCGACUGCGCCAUGAACUGCUCAGCCUCAUCCGACGCUCACACAUCCUCAAAACCUUCAAGCUUCAACUAAGAGAGCAGCAACAGCAACUCCUCCGGGAGCACCAUUAUAGCCAAGACCUCACACGCAUGCGCCACUGGUUAAUAAAGCAGCAUAGGGCACAGGGCUCAAACAAUGAAGUCAACAGCUUUGGCAGCUCCCUCAAAAGCAUCACAUCAGCCAAGAUCAGACACAUCCCUACUUCCCUCACUAGUGCCAAAUCAUAA